AUGUGCGUUUAUGGUGUCGGCUCGCCGAUUCCGUGGAUCAUUGCAAGUGAAAUGUUCACACAACAGGUAUUAUUCGUAUGAACUACUAUCGGGGCAUUUCGAAGGGAAUGCGCUCUUUUGCAUUUGCGAUCUCUAACCUGGCGCCAGUUGAAAACAGAGAAAUUCUUCCAGAAUUCAAAUGGAGAACAACUGAAACUCGUUUCGCAGUAGAAAGCUUAAGCUCCGGAGAUCACAAAAAGAGGGGCUUCUCAACAAAGCACAUUCACAUUGAAAUGCCCCGAUAGUAGGAGACUUUAAUAAUAACUCAUUUAUUCACUUCGACCUCCUAGGAAAGAAAGGGAAGCUAAAAGAGAAAAGAAAAAUUUACAGGAGAAGAGAGGGAUAUAGAGAUAGUGGGUGGAGAAGGGAAUAAUUACUAAAAUGACCAUUGGCCGGCCAUAGCCAUAGAUCAAGUAGAAUACAAUAUACAAGAGGGAAUAUUUUCUAUGCGCGUCGCAAAAGCCUCAGGAGACAGUUUUGAAUUGGAACUAACAAGGAAUGCUCACGAAAUGUUAUAUUCGCCAGAAAAUGAGACUAUGCGGUUUCAAUAGACUCUUCAAAAGAACGAUUUUCCGCACAGUGAAAUUUGUGCCCGGUUCAGAGUUUUUGAGUUAUCGUCACUUUUUCAAUUUUUUGAAUUCAGUCACAUUUUUCACUCUGCGAUUCUUUAGCUUAGCCAUUUCUCAUCCAAUCAAAAUGUGCCUAACUGCAAGGUUGCACAAAAAUAGAUCACGGAAAACGUUCAAUCAGCAGUGAGUGUUGAAAACGUCUCCCUAGUCACGAAAUGAGUUUGUCUUGCGUGUAAACCGUCAGAAUGGCAAAAACAGCUUUGAAACGUCUUUUUAGAGAUGUAUAACUUAUCUUGUGCUCAUAGGCCUCAACCGGAUUGGCUGAAAGCCCUAUCCUCUGGUGUGGCCUUAUAAACAAGCAACGGUUACAAAAGGCCGAUUUUCAGUUUUAUCAAGGUAGUUCAGCCAGUUUUCGAGGUAUCAUCACGAAAAUCACCAAGUUUGCAUAAUUUUGUGCUCUGAAUUCGAUUUUGAAGUUGUCAGGUCAAAAAUAUUUUUGAGCGCCGCGUGGCAGUGCACAACGGGGGUGGCCUUAUACAUAAACUUGCCACGCACUGUAUACGAAAAAUUAGUGCAAAAACAUUAAGAUCCACCAUUUUCAAAAUUUUUUUCUAGGUCUCUUCCGUUUUUUUUGAUUCAAUAAGAGUUUCAGUUUCGAGCCACAGCAGUCACUGCUUCAGUUUUUGUUGCAUGGUCGUUUGCAUUUGUCAUAAGCACAUUGUAUCUACCUUUUCAACAGGUGUGAAAACUAAUAAGUAGUUCAGUGGCAAAAAAAAUUUCAGCUUGUCGGAAUAACUUUCAGUUAUGUCCCAUUCAUACUUGGACUUGCCAUUUCUGGAAUUUUUAUAUACGUACUUCUUCCCGGUCAGUUUUUGCUUCUUCCAUCAUGGGAUGUCAAACUAUGAGAAAAAAAACCUUAUCCACUGUUUUGUAUGCACUUCUCAUAAAGUAGCAUUUAAGAAACUCGUGAUCGACCAAUUGUCGAAAUUGUAACUGAAGCACAUCACCGUACGACAUCUCUUUCUGCUGGAAGGCCAUGGGAUGCAAGUCGACCACCAAGCAGACAAGAAGUUCAACGGCUGGUCGACUCGAUUGACCCAAGAACUUACAGUUCUUAUGAAAAUUCUACAAUGAUAAGUGACGGAACGUGA